AUGUAGGAUAAAUAAUAUGCUCUUUAUUAGGCUUGUACAGAAGCUUAGAGUGUUUCAAUCAUUUUUCUUAAUGAUAUUUCUUAGUAAAUUCAAAUAUUAUAUCCUCUCUUCCAUUAGUGCUAGUUUUAGUCAACAUCAUUUUUACUCUACUUUCAGCCAUUUUUUUUAGUUCUUUUUUCAGUUUUCAUAGUAUUAUUAUGUUUAUACAUGCUUUUUGUACGAAUUUUUAAAAUAUAGAUAGAGAUCUAUCUGAAUUAUUUGGAUUUAGAUUUUUAGCAUGCUGAAUCCUGCUUUUUCAGUAGUGGCAAUUUUUACAAGGGAAAAGUAUAUAUAUAUAUGCAACGAGGGCAUACAAUUUUCAAUUUUUUUAAAAAAUAAUUUUUUGGCCCUGUGGUUUUUGUGUUCUAACAAUAAAAGUUUUUUAAAAAGUCUAAAAAUGCUGCCCUCUAAGUAAAACAUUUGGUAGAAGUAAAAUUAUGA